AUGGAUGAACAUAUUGCGAAGAAGCCCAAAUUGGAGCUUUCAGACGCAUCGGAACCGUUGACGCAGCGCGAUGUAAUAGCAUUUCAGAAAGAGGCGUUGUUUAGAUGCUUGAAUCAGUGGCGUUCGAAGGCUAACUGUCUAGCGGAGGAGAAUGAGGUUCUUCAAGGUAAGAUAGAGGAAGCGAUGGAAUCUGCUGCAGGAUGCGGGUCUACGUUAGUUGCUGUGGCGCAGGCGUUGUUGGAUAGCUGUAGUGACGAUGAGGAUAGACAGCUUCUGCAACGGAUUAUUAGUGAGUCGGAAGGUGACUCGCGUGCGUUUGUUCACACAGCAGCCGAAAACAGCAGCAGGAUAUGUCAGCUUAUAUUGAAGAGCGCUGGUGGGUCUGGUGGCACCGCUAGUGGCGCCGCCAGCGAAAGACUCCAGGAGUUGGAAAAACUCAAGUUGAAGUUGCAGGGCCUGCUUAGUGCCUCGGAAUCCAAGCUCAAGAAGACAACUGAGUACUACGAAGGAUUGCUCUCCAAAUAUGAUAGACAGGAUAGCGAGACCGUAUCCCGCGUUUUCAACAGCGCUGAUGAUGAUAACGGCAGUGUUAAGAAGGAGAAAAACCAAUCUGAGAAUGCGGCAGGAUCGAGCGGCGGCGUUGACCAGAAGAAGGGUUCCGCUGCAAACGAGGAACAACGGACAGUGUCAGAAGUGGAGCAUGAAAUGCAGAUCAACGAUUUGAAAUCACAGAUCGCCGUGCUGGAAGCCACAGUAAAGGACUUGAAGGAAUGGAAGGAACAGAACCUAAAAGAGUUAUCGCAACUACGACAAUCUGCAGCUGCACUACGCCCUGAUUCUGCACAGUCUAACGCCCAGGAAGCUGCCUCGGCAAAUGCCGCAGCAGCUACCGCUGCAUCAGGAGGUAAUGAAAAGAUUUCUAGUUUAAUGAAACAGAACGAGGACCUCCAACGAAUUAACGAAGCUUACAUGACAAAGUUCCAACAACUCUCUUCCGACAGAGAGAUUUUCACUAAUAAACUCACAUCAGAAUUUCAUGCAGCACAGGAUGCAUUGAAGAAGCAUAACUCAUCCUUAGAGAAAGACUUGGUGAGAAUUAGAACCAUUCGUGAUGAACUACUGGCUAAAGUAUCCCUUUUGGAAGCGCAAAAGGGAAAAUCGGAGAUGAUAGACGACUUGGAAAAACUACUAAAAAUCCAAGAAGAACAAUUGACCAGAGUCGAAUCGAGAAGCAAUGAAAGCACGAGUCAAGACGCUUUAAUGAAAGAAUUACAGGACCUCGAAAAGGCCUUCAAAGAAGUGUCAAGAAUUUCGAAUAAAAAAUACGCGACCUACCUAAACCAGGAAUCCGUGUUAAGCAAACUAACCGUCGAAAAGACCAAAGCAAGCGAGAAAUACUUCGCCGCAAUGAGAUCCAAGGACGCAAUAAUGAUAGAAAACAAAAACCUCUCUAAGAACUUAAACAAAUCUAACGAAUUAAUCGUUCAAUUGAAAGAGCUCGAAAAGACUUUACAACAAAAGAUUGAAAGCUUGCAUAAGCAACUCAACGUAUCACAAGAAAACGAAAAACGCUUGAAGGAUUCUAACAAAGAAACAUCCAUGAAAAUUGCGGAGCUAACUUCUGACAACAAUAAGCUCAAGAAAUCGGCUGAACGCCUCGAAAGUGAAAAUAAACAACUAAUAGGCGCUAAGACAGAAUUGGAAUCAGUGGUUAAGGAUAAAGAUAUUGAAAACAAACAGCUAAGAAUCAAAGUCUCCAAUGCUGAAGCUAAAUCUAAGAAACUAUACAAAACACUCCUUUCAAACGGUGGUGACAGCGGAGCGCUAGCUGAAGAACUUGAAAACUUCCGUACCAUCAUCUACUGUUCCCUAUGCUCCAAGAAUUGGAAGAACACCUCCUUGAAAACUUGUGGCCACGUCUUUUGUGAAUCAUGUUGUAAGGAAAGAUUGGCUGCUAGAAUGAGAAAGUGCCCUACAUGUAACAAACCAUUUUCCUCUAACGAUUUGCUAACUAUCCAUUUAUGA